AAAAGAAGGAGAGGUUGAUGAGGGGGAUCAAGGAGAUGGUGGAAGGCAAAGAGGAGGAUGAGGAGGAGGACGACGAGCUGCCUUUCGCGUGCUUCAUCUGCCGCGAGUCGUUCGUGAAUCCGGUCGUGACGGCUUGCAAGCACUACUUCUGUGAAAGCUGUGCUCUCGAGCACUACAAGAAGAACAAAUCGUGUUUUGUGUGCAACAAGCCCACGAACGGGCUCUUCAACACAGCACACAUCAUUUUGAAGAAGCUAAGGAAGCCAUAGCUGUGGGCUCUCUUCACUCCAACUAGUAGGGUUUAUGGAGGAGGCAUCGAUCGUGUACCGCUGCAGGAAGUGCCGCCAAAUUGUAGCCACCGACUCGAGCGUCCAGCGCCAUGAUCCAGGCUCCGGCGAGCAGGCCUUCUCGUGGAAGAAGCGAUCCAACAACGACGAGGCCAAACCGCGCGAGUGCUCGUCGAUCUUUGUGGAGCCAAUGCAAUGGAUGAAUGGAGUUCAAGAUGGCAGUGUGGAAGGGAAGCUCUUGUGUAACGUCUGCCAGGCGAGGCUGGGGAGCUUUAACUGGUCGGGGCUACAGUGUAGCUGUGGAGCUUGGGUGAAUCCAGCGUUCCAGCUCCACAAGAAUCGUUUGGAUGCUACUACACUCGUGGUAAGCGAUAGAGAGAAAUAAAAAAAGAACAAGAGGGGAGCUUACUUUUCUCUGAGAAGUUAUCAUCGGAGAAGCAAACCUUCUUCUCCGCCGGGCACCAAUGAAGCCCAGCACUGUCGAUAUAAUCCAUUUUCAAAUAGAUAGGGGAAAGUCUGUCUCUCCCCUUUUAUCAA